UUAAAAAUGUAAAUAAAUUUUAACUAAGGUUAAAGAAAAAUUAUCUGUCAUUCCUUAAAUUUAAAAUGAACAUAAUAAUCAAGACGGAUUGUGUAGAUCCACUUUAAGUAGCUUCUAAAACUCCACAACCAAUCAAAAUGGGUGAAAUGGAAGAUGCAGUUUUGAAGAACUCAAAAGGCGCGACUUACAUGUCAUUUGUUCUUGAUGUUGAAGUUAUUCUUAAAAAGAAGAAAGGUGCUCAGCGAGGUAAUUUAGCUCAGAGCAAAGUCAGGAAUGAGAGUAAAGUCCCAACCAAAACAGAACAGGAAGACAAGAUUGUCAAACAACCUGAGGAAAAUGAGAAUAUAACAAAUCCACCAUCCGAGAAGGAUGAUAUAACACCACCACCACCAGAGAAGAAGGAAGGUAUAACAAUGUCACCACCAGAUAGAGAAGAGGAUGUUAAAGUAUAUGCAGCAACAUUGGAGCCGACUGAUAUAUUUCUCGAACAAGGCAAAGUUUUGAAAAAGAUAAAAUCCUCAGAACCACUCGAAGAUGACAAUCCAACCAUAAAUGUAGCCAAAAAACACAGUAUAAAGAAGAAAAUGAAGAAAAUAAAUCAAAAAUCUAAAGUUUUCAAAGGAAAAAUUGAGAAAGUUGACUUUUUAGAAUGCAAUAGAAUAUUUAUGUGCAAUUAUUUAAAAAUACGAAACAAUAAACCUCACAAUACGAAAUCACAAAUUGAGCCAAAUACAAAUGAUAUCAAUUGUAAAAUAAUGACUGAACAUGAAAGAACAUUUAAAACUAUUGGACUUGUGGAUAACAUUGAAAAGUCGCCAAUCUUGAAGAAGAAGGAUACUUUUUCAUUUCUGGUUGCUGAUGUUAUUCAACAAAGAAAUUAUUCAACUGGUGAUUUUAUGAAUGGAAAUCCUGAGGCAGGUUCCAGAAACUUGUCAGUCACUGGUUUAAAUAGAAGAGCUAAUGUCAAAAAAUGUUUAAGCUCAGGUUAUUAUAAAACUGUUAAUAUUAGUAGCAGCAGACGUCAAAAAUAUUUUUACAGACACAACUUUUCCUGUCAAAACGUAGUAAGUGAAAAUGAACAAUACACUGACAAAGUAAUAAAAAGAAGCAAAUCGUUGCCCAGCAGGUAUUUUGUACAGGAGUUAAAUGAGUUCAAGACUUCCCAUGAAGACAUUAAAAAAUCAAAUGUUUUUAACUUUCUUCAUGGAGAUAGAAACAAGUUUUCUGUUGAACCAAAUAUUCUGAAUCAAAGAGCAAAUGUCUUCUCCAAAGAUGAAAUAUAUAAAGAUUUGUUUAACUUGGAGGUUAAAUUUUUUCACAAUUCUGAGAGGAUCAUUAAGCCUCAUACACACAGAGUAACUAGGUUAAAAUGUACAAGCAAAAACGUUAAACUGAAAAGAGUGAAUUCUACUUGUGAAAUUUCAAAUGUAACAAAACAAUGUAUAGUUUUAAGAUCCAAAAGCUUGGACCACGUUCAUAGAUUUUAUAAAGAUAACAAUAGCAAAAUACUGACCUUAGUAGGAACAAACAACGAUACUAAUGUUCCACAAGGAAAUGAUAAAAAAUUAAUAAGUAAGAAUAAAUUUAAAAAGAAACAGAGUAUCUGGAAAACUAUUAACAGUUAUAUAUUUGAAUGUGUCAUAAAAAAAUAAAACUUAAAAAAAUCAGGAAUAGUUCAUAAAUGAGUCGGUGAAAUUUAUCUGUAGAUAUUAAUUGUUGCACAAAUUAGUUAUGAUUGACUGAACUAAUUUAUAAUUUGCCGAGUCCGAAGUUUAGAUGUAAAUAAAGCUAGAAGUGAAGGAGCUUGGACUAACAGAGUAUGAAGACUUUUUAUGCAGGCAGUGGAAAUUAUUAUGAAUUUGAUGUCUAAUUUUAAAUUAAAAUUUGUUUAACAGACAAA